CUCCCUGCUCCCGGGUGGUGCCGCGGCCUGGCAGCCCCGGUGCUCCUUCGGACAGCUCUGUCACUUGAGGGAUCCCAUCCUGAGCAGCUGCUGGUGUCAUUGUGCCAUCCAUAAAGGGUUAACAAAGCAAUGCCCCACCAGACCCCACAGCCCAUGGGGUUGGUGCCCAAGGAGACAGCUGAGGGACUUCUGUGUCCCCUGGGGCUUCCUGGAGUGGCAUCAGCAGUGAGAGUAACAUCAAAAGGCAGUUGUGAGGAUAUCAGUGGCUCUGUGCAUGUGCUACCCCACAACACUGCAGGAAACAUCUGUUAAUUACCAGUAACACACAGUGCUGGUGAUUUGCUUUCUUGUUGAGGAAGGCUACAAGAAGAAAUCCUCCAGCUGACUGAUUAGUGAUUCCAGCAGAAGGGUGGAGAUUAAAAAUGUCAAAAAUUACUACAGAACUGCUUCUGGAAAGAGCAGUUCCAAGAUCUACAAGACUGCGGAAGAUCGAGACCCUGAACCUGUCCAAGCUGCAGCUGAAGGCUGGAGACUUAGACCCACGUUUGUUUUCUCGUCUGAGGCACCUGCAGAAACUUGAUCUCUCUGAUAAUUUACUGGACAAAUUCCCCAACAGUCUGAGCCUGCCUGAUCUACGUGUCCUGAACUGCAACAACAACAAGCUGGAAGAUGUCACUGCUCUGAAACAGUUCCCUCUGCUCGAGGAGCUCACCUAUGAGAACAACGACCUGACACUCAACGAUGACUACAAAGUGAUGUUUCUUUUGGAAAAUCUUCGGCUGCUCAAUGGCAAGGAUAUAACCAAACAGGCAAACCACGUGCGGCGAGUCAACAGCCGGAAGCUCACCAGCAAGGUUACUGCUCACUGGAAAAAAUUCUUCCGUGACCAACUUCCUGAGAAAUACACAGCUGAGCAAGUGAACUCCAUCAAGGAAAAAUUCCUGAAGUCAGUGCAGACCAACGUGGUGCAUGGCCCCAGCUCACUCAGUGAAUUCACCCGCUGGCGGGUGAAAAUGAUUGCAGAAGAGUUUCUGACAUACUCACUGGGCCUGGAGUUAAACACAGAUCCUGAACCAGAGGAGAAGAUGGAUGAAAAUGAAGAAGAAAGUACAGAAAGUCCUAGGGAAGAUGCAGAGGAUGUGGGCCAAGUCACAGUAACACCCAGCAAGAGGAAAAGAAAUAAUUCCAAAUCAGGGUCAAGAAACAAGAAGUCCAAGUCCCAGGCAAACGUCAAGGAGGACGUUGCUGUUAGUCCCAGAAAAUCCAGUCGUGUGCAGGAUGAGCCAGCUCCUGAGAAACCAAGAUCAUCAAACCAGCCAGUCAAAGAGGAAACCCCUGAGCAGGGAGCUGAAGGGACACAAAGGAAUGGGGAGCAGUUUCCCAAGGGACAAAGCAACAGAAGAUCCAGCCAGCAGGCAGGGGAACAGAAAAGCCAGGAGCAGGACAACGGAGUCUUUAGCUUGACCCCAGUGAAGAACUCUGAGGGCAAGGAGGAUGUCAGUGCAGAGCCAUUGCAUUUUCUUCAGUGUCACAGUAAAGGCAACAGCCGCGAGGAUUUUAAAACGCAGCUCUGGUCCUGUGUCUUCGAGCCAUUGCUAGACUCUGGAGCCAGGAAAGAUCCCAUCAUCAGCUCCUCCAGAACUGUGGCCACUUGUGGAGGGGAAUCCAUCUGUCUGAUUGACUGUGAGACAGGGACAGUGCUGAAAAAGUAUAAGGUGGCUACAGAGGAGUUUUUUAGUGUUGCAUGGACAACCCUCACCAUGACAAUCAGUGACAGUCGGAAAAAAUCCCACAAUAUCCUGGCAGCUGCUGGGAGGAGAGGGAUUGUCAAGCUGAUCCACGUGGCUGCUGACUUCUGCUACGGGGAGAUAAAGGCUCAUAAAAAGCCCAUUGCCACUGUCUGCUUCAGCCCAGCUCGAGAAACUCACCUCUUCACUGCAUCCUAUGACAAGCGCAUUGUACUCUGGGACAUUGGGAUUCCAGACUGUGACUACAAUUUCAAAGCAAGCCAGCUGCUGGUGCUGGAAUCCCUCUCUAUUCCCUUACGGAUUGCCCUUGUCCCCACCUGCCCAGAGCAGUACCUGGUGGCUGGCUGUGAAAACAGCUGCCUUGCCUGGAAUAUAAAACUGGAUAAGGAACAAAAAAGCAGGCCUUUUGAAACCAUAUUCCAGUUUCCUGAUGAGGAGGGAGGCCUGACAACAGCUCACAGGGUUGAUGGUUUGGCUUUUCUGAACGAUGAUGUUGUUGUUUCCAAGAGCUCCAAACCAGGAUGCAUCUACCUGUGGAGCUGGAGUCGCUCAUACACCAAGGCAAAAGGCUGCCAGCGCACGGUGUCUGCGGUUAUUCUGGCUGAGCUGGAGUGGUCCACGACAGACAUGUCCUACCUGACACUCAGCACCUGCCCAGCAAAAGCCUUCGUGUUCUGUGGGGAUGAGAAAGGAGGGGUGUGGAUGUACAACCUCUCAAACUACACCACAGCCUGGAGCUCUGCCAAGGGGAAACGCUCAGACAAGAGGAUCCCUCCCACUCAGAUCCUCAAGUGGCCGGAGCUGCGGGCGAAUGGGGAGCAGCUGAAUGAAGAAGUUCUGGUGAACAACGUGGUGUCAGACCCUGCUUUCACUUACCUGGUGGUUCUAACCAGUGUGAACAUAACAGCAAUUUGGAAGAAGUCCUAGUUGUGUGUAACACUGCUUCAUGCCUGUGCUUUGAACUAGUGCAGUAUUAGUGACUGUUCCCCGUGUAACCAUCAAGGUUUUCUAGAGCAGCUAUUCCGUGGAGAGAAAAAGAAAAAAGUUUGUUAAACUCAUCAGCUCGUGGUAAACAUCCACUUUCCUUUACUGUAAGUUUAUUUGUUUUAUAGAAAUGACACUUAAUAAAACAAAACACCAGUUCAGCUGGCAGUGCUGAGGCUUUUUGAGAAAGGGAAGCAGAGAGUUCAGCUCCUGCCCAGCCUGGGAUUAAUCCCACAACCAAUUCCCCACCAGAACAGUACAGAGAUUUGCCUUCAGGAUCCAAUUGGAAAAGCAGAAAUCAUUUUAAUGACUGAUCCAUCAAAUCAAGAAAGAAAUCCUCCUGGCAAGGUGUUUGCCAGGCAAAAAAAAUAAAAAUAAAAUA